AUGUGGGAGUCAACCCAACAGGUCCUGGGUAUCCCCGGUCCUCAAAAGAUCCUCAAGACAUUAGGAUCAUUAUGGCUAUCUACAUCCCCUCCGAGUGAGAACACAAUGCCAAAGACACCAUCGUGCCCUACAUCAGAGAUAAGCUGUCAAACCAAAUACCAUGGCCAAGACACCUGCUGUUUUAAUUAUCCAGGCGGUCAAAUGUUGCAGACCCAAUUCUGGGAUGUCGAUCCCCCGGUUGGGCCUGAUAACUCCUGGACCAUCCAUGGACUUUGGCCUGAUCAUUGCAAUGGUGGCUUUGACCAGUUUUGCGAUCGCAAGCGCCAGUACAGUAACAUUUCCCUUAUACUAGUCGACUCAGGUCAUGGGGACUUGCUUGAAUACAUGAGCGAAUAUUGGAAAGAUUUCCGUGGAGAUGAUGCUAACCUUUGGCAACAUGAAUGGAACAAACACGGUACCUGUGUUAGCACUCUCGAACCCCAUUGCUACGGAGACUAUACCCCGCAGCAAGAUGUGGUGGAUUAUUUUGACAGGACUGUUGAUUUAUUCAAGGAACUCCCGACUUUUGAUUUUCUUGCCAAAGCCGGCAUAGUGCCUUCCCAUACAGAGACAUAUGCACGCGCAGAUAUUGAAGAUGCUCUUGAGAAAGCCCAUGGCGCUCCAGUGAUUGUGAACUGCCGCUCGGGUGCAAUUAGCGAAAUUUGGUACUUCUUCAAUAUUGCAGGUAGCCUUCAGAGUGGUGAAUUUGUUCCUGCUCCUCCAGAUGGUCAACACUCGCGUUGCCCCGCUACACAUAUUAAAUAUCCUCCCAAAGGGAAUUCGCCCGAGCCGACCAGGACAACCACCCGCGGUUCAGAGCCAACUGCGCCAGGAGCUCCAUUCGCAGGCAGGGGAAACCUGAUGGUCUCAACAUUUAACCAACAGCGUGGAUGCAUCAUCAGCUAUGGAACUUGGUAUAACGCUGGAACUUGUGCCACGUUCCGAACAGAGAAGUUAUCAGAUGAUACUUUCUCUCUGAAAUCCAGGAAGGGCCUCUGUACCUUCGAAGACGAUACUUUGAGCUGUGGACCUAAUGUAAAGGUCCCAAGCGAAUUUUCGGCCAAAGAUGGAAAGCUCUCCUAUCAGGGAAAUACCACCUUCUUCGCCGACAAGCCUCCCAAGGGCCAAGUGCAGAGCUCGGUUUACGCGUCCCAGGAAGAACACCCCGUGGAGCUUGAAAUCACCUGGAAAUCCCAGUAG